GUACAGUCGAGUAGAUGGCGCGCUUUCUUUCUUGACGCGCAUGCGCACUAAGCUAUGAUCUACAAAUAGUCUUUCCUUCGGCUCUGUUACUCCGUGCACGUGAUAAAAGCCCUAAUACCCCGCACAAUGGCUGAUAAUCAUGAUGAAUAUUUCGAAAGUGGAGACUCUGGAGCGUCCAAGCAUUACCCACAGCAGUGCUCUGCACUUCGUAAGAAUGGUCAUGUUCUCAUCAAAUCUCGUCCCUGCAAAAUUGUAGAAAUGUCCACUUCUAAGACAGGAAAGCAUGGUCAUGCUAAGGUUCAUCUUGUUGCUUUGGACAUAUUCACUUCAAAAAAAUAUGAAGAUAUUUGCCCAUCCACCCAUAACAUGAACGUUCCUCACGUAACACGCAAGGAUUUGCAGUUUGUGGAUAUAGAGGAUGGUUAUCUAUCCCUAAUGAAUGACGCUGGUGAAAUGCGAAGUGAUAUUAAACUCCCUGAUAGUGAUAUCGGCAAAGAAAUUAAAAAGAAGGCCGAAAUAGGUGAACCAUUUAAUUGCACUGUCCUGUCAGCAAUGGGCGAAGAAAUGGUCGUGGCAACCAAGGUCUGUCCCACUUAGAACAGCUAUUGGAUAUCAUGUGACCACAGGGCAGCCAAUCAGUGGCCAAGAAGUCAGCACCGCCUAGCUUGUGCACAGGCUCAUCCAAAGUUGUACAACUUUUUUCUCUUUUUUUUUUCUUUCUGAUUUUCUCCAUUGUCCAGAAACCGGUCCACUCAUGGAAUCAUUGAACAUUCACAAACUUCAGGGGAAAAAAAGAAACAUGUUGUCAGAAUCUCCCAUAGAAGUUCUAGGUCAAGAUUUUCUUCAUUUUCACAGAAAUAAUUCAUAUUUUUUCAGACAGAAAAUCUUUGAUGGACAUUAGGCUUUAUUUAGUCUGUUAUUAAUGUUAAAGAUUGUCAUCUGUAAGCAUAAGUAUACUGGUAUCAGAAGACUGAACACACACAUUCUAUUUGCUUAAUUUGACCCCAGUCAGUCUUCGCUGCUGUGCAAGGUCUCUCCAGCAGAUAUAGAUUGAACCAUCGGGUCGUCGUGCAGUGAUAACAAUUUGUAAAUGCAUUCUAAAAACUAAAAACAGAAGUUGAUCAGAAUCAUCUGCUGGCGUAGAACACCCUAUGAAAGGUUAAGACGUGUUUAUUGUCUGCUAAGAGCCAGAAGGCUCAAAUGGCAUUUCGCUUUGGUAACACCCUUCUGGCCUUUAGGAGACCAGUUCUUAACCCAUUCCUUCAAAAGAAGACUUAGAGGGUUAUAAAUACUGAGUAAUUUCAAUGGGGAUUGUGGUUUUAGGCAUAUGAAGACUUCCACCACCAAGACAAACAAUUGAUAUUAUUUUAAAAAAGAGUGAUCUUAAUGAUUCUGAAUAACACGCCACAGAUUUAUCAAAGAAGUAUUAUUAUCAUUACGCUGGAACCUUGUGAUAAAGGAAAUAUAUUUGGCCCACUUCUUUGGUAUUUUUUAAAUUUUUUAAUAUUUUUUUAAACCCUGAUAUAAUGAAAUUUCAAAGCAAUGUCCUUAGUCCCAAGGAGUUUGUUAUGACGAGGUUCCACUGUAAUUUUUUAUUUUAUUUAAAAUUUUUAUUUCUAUUCCUCGGGUAUUUCUCUCUACAGAGAAUAUGUGAAAAGAAAAAAACUAUUGUACAUUCUUUUUUUCUCUUUGUCUCCCUCUUUUAUUUUCCCCCAAAUUUUGUUUUUGUCCUUAAGAUUAUGUAUGGAUGGUGUUACGAAUCAUCCCAAGUUCUUGUUUCAUGUUUUGUCAAAUUGAAAAAUAGUUUGAUUGUGAUCAAUCACAAUCAGAAAUUGUGGGAAUCGUGUUCAAUGCAUACAGUGGCUUUAUUUUUUUGUUCUCAAAGAGAAAUAUAAAAAAAUAUAAAAUUAUGAAAACUAGAAUGUUUGUGCUCAAACUGGUGUGCCUAACCAGGCAAAAUCCCAGACUUUAUGCGAUUGAAAACUCCACUUUUUUGGUCUGAAUGACAAAAAUCCCCCCCCCCCCCCCCUUAGCAAAAAAGAAAAAGUCAGAGCAGACAUGACAAUCAAUAACCUGCUUUAUCAAUUUUUUCCUUUUAAUGCUGUAUAGCCAAAGUGUAUUUUGGCAAGUAUUUUGUUUUGUUGGGGGGGGGGGGGGGGGGGGGGUGUGUAGAGAGGGACAGGGUAAUCAUUCUCUUAGCAUGAAAUGCUGUAUCUUCCAAAGUAGUCUGAUGAGGGCUUGUUUGUUUCUUUGAAGACAGUCUUGUGUUGAUGUGUUCUGAAGUGAGUCAAUCCUCUCAGGUGUACGUGUGAGAAUAGAUUGCCGUUUUUUGAGACAUUCUGUAGUUCGUUCCAAUUCAAUCAAUCAGUAGUGGCCGUUUUUGAGUCAAUCAGUAUUUGGUUCCAAUUCAAUCAGUGUAGUUUAGCCAUGCAUUAGAAUGUACACUUGUACAUGUGUAUUAUUAUACAUAUUCAUGCCUUUAAGGGCAGAAGGAUUAUUGGUGUCGGUUUAACUAUUUACACUUCAUGUAUAUGGAAUUAUGAAAAGUCUUCAAUUUAUCGACUGUACGAGUAAGAUGCUGCCAGUGCCCAGUUUAAAAACUAGUUGAAACGAAUAACCCUAAGUAGAUUCAGUGUAUAUAACCUGUAGACUGCAUGUGAACAGAUUUGAAAUAGGUUACUGACGGAAAAUAUUAACUAUUUAGCAUGAUCAAAAGCAAAAUUUAGGACAGCCGUAUACAGAGGGUAUGUAUUUUUAUUAUGAUCGUACAGCCUUUUUGUAAUCAUGUUUCUGGCUUCUCAUAUGGAACGGUGUAACGUUCCAAAUUUAACACGUUUAUUUAUGUCACAAAAAAAGAUUGCUUAUAAUGGGCAGAUGUAUACCACAUGUAUGUUUUGACAAAUUAUCAUUCUAUGUAAUUCAAUACUACUUGUAUUUGAUACACCGCUUUUAGAUUAAAUUUGUUCAAAUUCAACGUAAA